AUGUUUACAGCUCCUCCAGGUUACCAGCCCAUCUAUGGCCCCAGCGUCCCUUACACGGGGCCUAUUUAUGGAGGUCUGAGGGCAGGAAUGUCUCUGUACAUCCAGGGAGCCAUUCCUCAUCAUAUCACAAGAUUUGAAGUCGACUUGCAGUGUGGUGAGUUUGAGGGAUGUGACAUAGCAUUUCACUUCAACCCCCGAUUUGAUGGCUGGGAUAAGGUGGUCUUCAACACAUUCCAGAAUGGGGAGUGGGAAGAACAGGAGAAGAUCCAUCAGAUGCCCUUCUCUAAAGGAGAAGCCUUUGAAAUGGUCAUUGCAGUCACCUCUGAAGGCUACCAGGUAAAUGUGAACGGGAGUGAGUUCUACAUGUACCCGCACCGCAUGCCUCUGGACAGAGUGUCUGCUCUCCACAUUGCUGGUGAUGUGACAGUUCAGUCCAUCAACAUUAUAGGGGGUGGAUAUCCUGGAGGUGGAUACCCGGGAGGAAAUCUGCCGAUUAUGGGUUUGCAACCCAUCUACAACCCUCCUAUGCCCUACUCUGGCAUGGUCCCUGGAGGAAUGUCCCCAAAAAGGACCAUCAUCAUUAAGGGCAUGCUACCCUAUGGAGCCAACCGGUUAGCCAUCAAUUUUAUGGUUGCAUGUUCACGGGACGUCGCAUUUCACCUGAACGUCCGACUUCAAGAGGGGAUAGUUGUUCGGAACAGUCAAAUUGGAGGCGACUGGGGCCAAGAGGAGCGAGAGCUCAGUUUCAACCCCUUCCAGGAGGGCCAAUACUUUGAUAUCUCCAUACGCUGUGGAAACCAGAGAUUUAAGGUGUUUGUCAAUGGGCAGCAUAUGUGUAACUUCUUCCAUCGUGUUCAGCCCUUCACACAAAUUGAUCUACUUGAAAUCGAGGGAGACGCGCAGCUUUCCUACAUACACUUCUGAUACCAGCAUCCAGUCUACCUACGAUCAGUAACAACAAGGUCACAUGACAUGGUACCAAGAUUUAGCGCUGUUUUGCAUCUAAACUACUGAAUUUUAAAUGAAUUCCCUGAACUAAAAGGAAACAUGUAGAUUAUUAUAUGUUGUCUCUAUCACAGUAAAGAUGUAAGUUGUACACAAUAAACCGUAAAUAGGAGUAAUACAUAAUUUGUACUGUAUUAUUAUUUUGUUUUUGCACUUUGGUUAAUGGGAUUAUUUUUUUUUAAAUGCUAUGAUGACAGUGGACAUUACGUUUUUCUCUGAUCUAGUCACCAGGAUAUUCACAUAAAGGAGCCACUUGUCUCAAUGCAGAAAGUUAAUAACACACUCAUUAACUCAUUAAUAUCGUACAUGACAAUGUAGCACCACUUCAACAACCAGCUACUCUGAAGAGGCAGCCAAGGCUAGUAAGAGCAGCCCCUUUGGUAGUAUCUGUGACAAGGUGUACCCUUUGGCAAAGCAGCAGCCAGGCCUUUCCCCUGAUCUGCCAUGGCAACACCAGAGAUCCUCACCAUGUGUAGGUCAUGGCAGGAUAUCUGAUCUGAAUGUUGGAGGUAAUAGCAGGCAGAGGUGA